GGUAAAGAAUAAGUCACAUGACCUGUAAAUGAAAAAAUUAAAGAGUUUGGGCUCUUACAAGGGGGGGAGGGAAAAAUGAAAACACAAUACUGAGCCGGUCACUUAGGGGUUAAACGGAAUUCUUCCCGGUCAGUAAUGUCUCCAUAGCGAUCACCCCGUAUUAUACUUCCUAUACAAAAACACUGUAUACAGCAGUUACCUCGGGGUUACUAUCUGCUUACAGCCCCCACACCCCUCUGUCUAAAGUCCAGACGUGUGAUAGGUUCCCUCUCAGUCUCCAUGGCAACUAGGGGAUCUCACCAAGCGCCAUGACGUCACGUAAAGGCGGUCCCUCCUGCCAACCUGACGUCAACACCCACAGCUGUGACCCGGAAGUAGAUCUCCCUGUGUUUCUGGCUUCCGGAUACUGAUUGCCAGUGUUGGGCCGUUCGCACGAAUUAUGCGGUGAAGAGACCCCGGAGGGGGAUGUUUUUCUGAUGCAUUACAAUGGAUGAUGAGGAGAAUCAGGACCAGCUGAUCAACAGGAACACCUCACAAGGGAAAAGCCGACGGCAAGGGCCAUUUGUAGCCAGCGAUGAUGAGGAUGUCGAGGAAUCUGAUGGAUCAGGGAGUGAAGAAGAUGAUGAUAUGGAGGAAGAAGAUGGUGAGGAGGAAGACGGGUCUGAUUCAGAAGAAGAAGAGGAGGAGGAUGAUGAAGAGGAUCUUCCAGUGGGAAGCUCGGACCCUACUCUUUCUACCGUAGAUUUAAAUGAAGGGAUGAGCUCUGAUGAGGAAAGAGAGAAUUGUCCCAUCUGUCUAAAUGGCUUCAGAGACCAGGUUGUGGGGACACCUGAAAACUGCAAUCAUUAUUUCUGCCUGGACUGCAUUGUUGAGUGGUCAAAGAAUGCCAAUUCGUGUCCUGUGGACAGAAUUACCUUUUCAUGCAUUCAUAUCAGGGCACAUUAUGGUGGCGAGAUCCUAAAAAAGGUCCCAGUACAAAGUAAAGCAGAUGAGAACUUGAUAGUAGAUGACAACCCUACAAACUGUGAAGUGUGUGGGCGUAGUGACCGUGAAGACCGACUGUUGCUGUGUGAUGGCUGUGAUGCUGGGUACCACAUGGAAUGUCUGACACCUCCUCUCAAUGCCGUUCCUGUGGAUGAAUGGUUCUGCCCCGAAUGUGCUGCUGCUAAUCAGCCUGAUGACGAUGCAGUUAGUGAGGAGGAAGUGACCAGCCUGCUAGCAGAUGUAGUUCCAACCACAAGUCGUCUGAGGACCAAUGUGAUUAGGACUCGUGCUAUUGCUCGCACCAGGCAAAGUGAGAGGGUGAGGGCUAGUGUUAACAGGAUCCGCACUACAGCACGCAGCAGCCAGAAUGUCCCUAGGUAUUUGUUGUCAUCUCUUCUUGAUGAAACCAUUGAGGCGGUCGUAGCUGGACUUAAUACUGCUGUUUACCAACGAAACCUAACUCCUCGCACCACCACCACAAGGCGGAAAAGAAAAACUGGAAAAAAAACAAGCCAGUCAAAGGUGUCCAAAGGAAGCCGCGGGGUCCGAAAAAAGCGCAAACGACGGGUUAGAAGACGGAGAGUGCGGAAGCUAAUAAAUCGAAAAGUUUCAACUUCUCAUAGCCGCAUUGCUAGAUCCUUGGGUAUACGCAGCCCACCUCGGGGCUCUUCAAUGCCUCGCAUACAGAGGGCACCGGAACACACGUUAGAUUCAAUGAGACAAGAUAUAGGUGCUGCAACCUUCUCUGUGUUUGGAAACCCAAAUGAUCUAGAUCCAUUUGAUAGUCAAGACGACCAGGUUAGUAAUUCCUCAUCGCCACUGACUGCCAAGCGUAGAGUCCUUUCCCGUUCUGCCUUGAGAUCACAUCAGCCUGUUGCAAGGCCCAUCUCUGUGGGACUGUCACGGGGCAGAGUAUCUUCUUUGGCUUCUGAGUCAGUGGCAGUGGCAGAACCUGUGCCAGAUCUUUUGGGAAGUAUCCUGUCUGGGCAGAGCAUUCUCAUGAUGAAGAGUUCUGAUAUUGUGAUCAGUCGAGAUGGUUCUUUAACAGCAAAGAAAUCUGGUGAAGUUUCAGCACAGAACUCAAACUCGAGGGAAGAUACAACGCCAGCUGGUUUUAUGGAAUCAAGCCCAUCGCACUCAGGGUCCCCAACUAUCUCCUCAUCUAUUAAUACAUGGAAGCCUGUUGUACAGCAACCAUCUCUCAGUUUUCCUUCAUCUGAUCUGUACUCACUGUCCCCUGCACCCUCACCUCCUCCAGCAUCACCCUCUUCUAAAGGAAUGGAUAGGUUAUCUGUGCCCAACUCUUCAACUCCUGGGAUUUCUGCAUUCAGACUGAAGAAUGCUUUUACUCCACGGAUUGUCCAAGUGCAGUCCUCUACUGGACGUUUAGCUUCAAAGGGGGCUGAGCCACCUCGCUUGAAUGGGUCUCUUCACAAGCCAGAGUCACCAAGCUUAAAUGAUCCAAUCCCUCCAAAGCCACCAGAGGUCAAACAUUCAAGCAAGCCAUCUGCAAAAAGAAUGGAAAUUUCUGAAUUUCCCCGGAUACCAAAGAUCAAAAAGGAGACUGACAUCAGUCCUAAUAGUGAAGACAGCAGGCGACUGAGUGCUACUAGUGACAGUGCAUAUAGCAGCCUUCCAAGGCCUGGCAUGAACCAGCUAACUGGGAGAGGUGAGAAUAGGCAGUUAGGCAGGUUUGCUACAACACAGAAUACAGAAAAAAACACUCGCCAAGAAUCUCAAGCACCUUCAAGACCCUCUGGUGGUAUUUCAUCUAGUCAUACAGCCUCAGGCAGCAGCAAAGCACCACUUUCUAACUCAAGAAAUGUGGGUUCCUCAGAUUCAGGUGGAGGGGGGCUUAGAAUAACAAUCAGUGGGAGUUCUACCAAUUCUUGUAGACAAUUCAGUCCUAGCGCAAAAGACCCCUUUCGUUCAUCAGAAGGAAAAACACAACAAAAGGCUACAUCUCACCCAUCAACUGUCAAAAGAGAAAAAACUGUUAAAAAUGAAAUUUAUGAUCCUUUUGAGCCAACCGGUUCAGAUUCUGGGUCUGGAAAUAGUCCAAGUCCUGAAAGGCCUGCCACACCACCCAUACCCUCUACAUCCACAGUGAACACUAAUACAACUCAGUCUAGCGGUGUGAAAGUGGGAGCAUUUCGGAGCUUUAAGUUCACCACCCACUCCAGUAGAGUGGCUGUAUCUAAACUUGGACCGGAUUUUUCUGGGAUGUCACCCAACAACAAAGAGCCACAUGACGCUAAUAGCCCAGUAAGUGUAAGUCCAGUGUCUCCCCCUCCCCUUAAAGUGGAAGAGAUCAAAAAGGAAAUUAAGAAAGAAAAAAUUGAGCAUACUCCUUUAAGACUAUCCUGCCCAUUGUCUGGACUAAAAAUUACUUCUGAUCUUAAGGCAGGUGGAACCCGUGGCUUCCAUUUUGAUGUAGAAGAUCAGCCUAAAAUUUCUAUAAAAUCCGAGCCAGACAUCCUUCCAAAUAGGACUGUCCAUCAGAAUACUGCAGGUAAUAGAGUAGUGUGGGAGUCAGAGACUCCCUCAGAGUCCAGCUCUUUAUCUAUUAGUCACAGCAUUGAACCACCAAAAAGGACAAUAACAGUUAAAGAAGAACCGAAAUCAUGCUCAAGAUCGAGAUCUAGAACACCGUCUCGAGGACGAGAAUCGAGGUCUGCUUCUUUGUCUACAGAAGAUAGAGAAAGAAAAUCGAAGUCAAAGUCACACAAGGUAAAGAGAUCACGUAGUGACAGGUCAAGCUCUGGUAGCUGGGAACGUUCUAAGAAGAAGCGUCAAAAAGAGAGAAAGAAAGAAAAGAAAAGGAAAAGCACAGAGUCCAGAGAAAGAAAGAGGUCCAGAUCAAGCAGUCAUAGUAGCUCAUCCCCCAGGACAUACAAUAGUAAGAAAAAAAAAAAAAAGAAGCGUGAUUCAAGGAGUGAAUCAGCUGGUCGCUCCAUUAGUCCUGAGAAAGAAAAAAAGCGGAAACACAAAAGUGACAAAAGUUAUUCCAACAAAGAAGGGAGUUCUAAAGUGAAGGAGAAAAAGAAGCCUAAAGAGGAUCGGGGAAAGCAGCGAUCAAGAUCACAACCAGUGACCAAGGAGUUCAAAGCUCACAAGUCAAGAGACAAAUCUCCAACAUUUAGAGACCAAGAGGUAACAAGACACAUUGUCCUGUCCCCAAAUAACAAUGAAACAACUAUAACUUGUACAGUUAGCUUUAAAUCAGAGUCCCCCACUACUGUUCAGGAAACUAAAAAGUCCAUUCUUGUACCCAAAGAAGAAGUACAUGAAAGACAUACAUUCCAGUACUUGGAAGAUAGUGUUUCCAUUAAAGAAGAAAAAAAAGUGGAAUUAUCUGAUUGUGAUGAGGAAAUAAAGAUGGAAGCAGAAAGUCCUCCUUGGUCUCCAUCUCUUUUGGAUUCUUUGGUUCCUGAAUGCAAGAAUGAAGAAUUCCAAGAACCCCCUUCUCCAAAGGAAUCUUCUCCUUUCAAUUACUUGCUUACUACAUCUGUAGUUAGUCCUCAAGCUUCAUCUUUGUCUAAUGACACAGAGCCAGCAAGUCCUAAGCCUCAAAGUCCUCUGCCAUCUUCUCGAGGGGAUCAUUCCAAGUCUACUGCUGUUCUGAAUGUCAAGAAAGAAGCUGAUGAUCUUCAGUGGUCACCGUCCCAUUUAGAUGAUUUUCUGUUAAAUGAACUUUCUGAUGAUGUGUGCUCUGUGGGAGCUGUCAGCCCCGAUGAUGUUGAUCUUGAAGAGGCAAUAUUGAUGAAGAGAGAAGGAGACUGUAAGGAGCCUAUUGAGAUUAACUUCUCUAAAAAGGCAGUCAUACCAUUUCUACAAGAAGAUGAAACUUCAGGUGAUGGAGGAGCUGGAAACCACAUUGGUGGAAAGACCACAAAUAACAGGAACUCCACAGUGGAAGCUGGCAAGUCUGAUGGCCUUAAGGAAGAAGCAGCUUCUUCUAUUCCAAAAUCCAAACCGCAGAUUAAAAGAGUGACCUGGAACCUUCACCAUAAAGAGUCUGACAAGAAUGCCACCACAGAGAAAUCUGCAUCUCCUCCUUACUGCAGUACUCAGUCGGAGGCUUGGGCAGAUGUACCUAAGUUUACAGUCAAUCAAAUAACCAGUUCCAACCCAGAUCCUUCAAGUGAGUCUUCCAGCCCUCUUGCCUGGAACACCCUGGAUACAUCCUUACAGGGAUCUGAUCAGCUCCAGCCAGCAAGUCAAGGAUCAUGGAAUACAGAAAACAGAACCCAAAAUAAUGUUCUGGGUAAACCUGAAGAACAUGCUGUAAACAAACCUGUAGCUGCAAGUAUGGACAGACAUACAACUCAACAAGUGAAGGACACCAGUCAAAUUCCUUGGAUUACAACAGAUGCUCCUGCUCAGGUGUUCCCACAGACCUUGCCUCCAUUACCUCUUCCACCAGUCUUUCCCCCAUAUGCCCCUAUGAGUGAACCCACAGUGCCCUGUGUAACUCAGAGCAGCAGAACCAUGCCCAGCCAAACCCCAAAACCUGGCAGUCUGGCUACAGCAAAUGAACCCAAGAUGCAGGCAGCCAGCACAGGUGAAGGAAAAGGAAAAUCAAAACCGAAAAAAGGAGAAAAAUUAAAGAAUGAGGAGUACAUGAAAAAGCUUCACAUGCAGGAGAGGGCAGUGGAAGAGGUCAAAUUGGCCAUAAAACCAUAUUACCAGAAGAGGGAAAUCACCAAGGAUGAAUACAAAGAGAUCCUGCGUAAAGCUGUGCAGAAGAUAUGCCACAGCAAGAGCGGGGAAAUUAAUCCAGUAAAAGUGGUGAACUUGGUUAAGGGCUAUGUGGAUAAAUACAAACACAUAAGAAAUAAACAGAAGAAGUCAGGAACAUUUGAGGACCAUGACUUUGGCCGAGAUUCACCCAUAUAAAGUAUGAAGUGCAGAGUGCAGACUAAGUAGAUAUCUUUAACUGGAGGUUAUCUGGUCACACUCCCUCCCCCUUCUCAGUGGAUGAACUAUAUUACAAAGAGGAGACGAUUUUCAUUUUUCAGGACAAAAAAAAUGUUUGGUUUAUUCUUAUAAACCGUCUGGGAUUUUUGUUUGCCGGGUUUGAACCAUAUUGCCAUAUACUGCACACCGCUCUGCCAACUUUCAUUUUACAGAGACAUGGAAGAAAAUACUUAACAGGCAGAAGUAACACUGUGUCCUCAAGACUUGGGAUCAUUGUUGACAGCUGUUGUUAUAUCCCUUUGUAGUUUGUGUUACUAAAGUAUACACAGAAAAUUGAAUAGAUACAUUUGUAACAAACUUUUCUUUCUGUGGGUACACUUUUCAUUGGUGUGUAAGAGAGGUGAAGCCUAGCCUUUAAUAAUGAGAGCAAUGGAAAAGGUUCUGGAAUAAAGAUUUGUCCUUUGACACUGAAAUAUGUAUGAAG